AUGACCAGAUCUCCCUCACCUAAGUCUCAGCGCCGUCUUAUCAACCAAUGGCUGACGCACAUUCCGACGACCGAAGACCCGAUCAGUGCCCUGCCCGAAGCCGAGGUGGGGACGAGAGACCACAAGGCUUCGGAAAGAAGGACCACAACGGAGAAGAAACGCCGGAGAGCUUCAGAGUUUGAGUGGUCUGGAAGGAGACAUAAAAGUCCACUUGACCUCGAACCAGUCGACGCAGCACGGCUACUUUCACAGGAGGACGAUAGCGGACGGCGAGAACAGGGACCGAGACGGAAAGAGAAAGCUCAAAACGAUCGGCACACGAGAUACAAAGCCAAUAACCAAUCUCCAGACCAUGUCGAGCCAGCCAAAGACUCCGGACAACCUGUGAUUGAUGCUAGCGAAAAGUAUGGACGUCGAAAGCGACACAAGACUCGAGAAGAUCGGUACGAAUACAACGCACAGCACACGACCGCCGAAGCCAAGAGAGAGUCACGGGCGAAAGAGAAGAGGAAGUCGCACAGAAAGACCGGCAGCACUCUUCACAAGGACUUUAAAGCUCCGAAUGUUGAAUCAGAAAGGCUCACUCUGAAGCAAGAUGCACUACCAGGGAUCUUCAGCAAAGGAAAGGCGUCUGGACCCAUAGAACGCCGCGGCAUCCCCGAUCUCACCUUCUCCGAGAUGAGCUUCCUCAAUGACAAGCGUCAGUUGGACCAUGCUAAGCUCCGAGGGCUGCAAGCAGUGACACAUUCUGGCAAGAAGAAGAAGGGAGGCGCCGAAGACGUCUCUGGCUAUUUCGGCGAGCAAGGUCCUGAAGACCAUGUCCACGACCCUCCUCAUGACAACAUCUUGCAGCACCCGACAGGAAGUCCCCGUCCGCGACUGAAUCCCCAGACAUCGCCAGGGCGGCCUCCACGCCUGAAGACAGAUGAUCUUGUGCAGCAGCAGCAGCAGCAGCAGCAGCGUGCAGUCAGCGAUCGCAGUGUCUCGAAAGAACGGCUGCCGCCGGUGCAAGUGUUCGAAGACGGCGCCUGGUUCCAACGCGACCGCAACUCGCCUGACCACGUCGGACGUACUCAACUGUCAUCCCACGUGUCGUGUUCCACUAGUCCUAGCAGACGCCCUGCGGCAUUGACGCCUCACACUCGGAUCAGCUUGCGCCGUCAAUCAGCGGUUGCGCCGUCCUCCUUUGUCGAGCAAGCUUCUCGUGCUCGGGUGGCCUCUGUGCAUCCUCGAAGCUCAGCCAGUCAGUCCUAUCCGCAUCUCAGAAAUUACGGUAACAUCAUCAAUGACAGAGAUCCUGGUCCCGGAAACAACAAUGAGGCGGAUUCGACGCGACGGUACUACACACUAGAAGACCUUAUGCUACUUGCCGACAGACGACAGGCCGAACCUGAAAAGCAGGUGCUCCAGGCCGUUGGAGACGAUGAUAGAGGCCUCCUGGAUCUAUUGGAGGGUCUGCCCCAUCCGCCAACCAGCCAUCAUGGCCCUGCACACUUCAAUCUUUACCAUCCAGGCCUAAAGGGACCUGACCCAUAUAUGAUGCCUCAGAAUGACGACGAAAUCCAGCUAGGGCCGGCUCCGGGGUUGUUAUUGCGAGAAAGCACUCCUUCAGCUCCGCAUCUCAGCUACGGGGAACAGCGAGACAGCCUGAAGCAUGCUGGCGUAAUUUCAAGAAAUGAGAUCCUUGAACUCGAAGUGCUGUAUGACAGGGCGGACUCUGGGACGCAUCUCGAUAAUUUCGACAUCGGCUUGCUAGGGACACUCGAAGAGCAACAUACUGCAGAGCAAGUACGCGCGGACGAUUAUGACUUUGAGCACAGGGCCCAGCCCGGAUCAGUUCAUCUUCCAGAGGACUAUCCAGAACCACAAGAGCGUGGACAAACACGACAUUCGCGCACUUCUCGGUCGAAUGUUGAUGUGUUCCCGGAAGUGUCGGCGAGACCACAGCUUCUACGGCCAUCCUGCGAAGAAUCGAGCUUCAAGUCACCUUUGAAGCCCUUCAGUCGACCACGUCUGCUAUACUGA